AAUGUCGAUAAAGUAACGUCCAUAAAUGGAAACCGACAUGAAGAAACUUAUCGAGCGUAGUUAUUUCAGAUAUAUUUGUUGAUGUGCAACCUAACCUAUUAUUUAAAAAUUGGCGCCAGCAAAGCAGCUUUCGUCGAAAAUUUGUCCAAGAAUUUUUUAAAAAAGUCACCGAAUAAUGUUUCAGCUUCUUCAUAUGUUUUCGUCCAACAAUAGAUGUUAAAGCUACUUAUCAUUUUCUCUAGAUGAAAAAUUAAUAACAAUUCCGAGCAACAUGUGUACACCAGCGAAGAUUAGAAAAUUAGACGAAAUUGUGGUGAACAGAAUCGCGGCUGGAGAGAUAAUCCAAAGGCCAGCAAACGCGUUAAAGGAAUUAAUAGAGAAUAGUUUGGAUGCUAAAGCGACAAACAUACAAAUCACUACAAAAGAAGGAGGCUUGAAGCUACUACAGAUACAGGAUAAUGGUACUGGUAUCCGGAAAGAAGACAUGGAUAUUGUAUGCGAGAGAUUCACUACAAGCAAGUUGCAAAAGUUCGAGGAUCUCAAUGCUCUUACAACAUUUGGAUUUCGAGGUGAAGCUCUAGCCAGCAUCAGUCACAUAGCCCUUCUUGCUAUCACGACGAAAACAGCAGAUGAAAAAUGCGCUUAUAAGGCAUCAUAUAUUAACAGUAAACUGAAAGCACCUCCAGUACCUUGCGCUGGAAAUCAAGGUACUGUAAUAACUAUAGAGAAUUUGUUCUACAAUGUGGCGACACGUAGAAAGGCUUUGUCCAAUCCAUCAGAAGAGUUUACCAAGAUCACAGAAGUGGUUAUGAGAUAUGCUGUGCACAAUCCAACGGUAGGAUUUACAUUGAAAAAACAUGGCGAGCCAAGCCCACAGCUCCGAACGCCGCAUAAUUCAACAAAACAAAGUAAUAUAAGAAUAUUAUAUGGCAACCCAGUUGCUCGAGAACUAUUGGAAGUUGAGCUCGAUGAUAAGGAUUAUAAAUUUAAGAUGCACGGUUUAGUGACGAAUCCGAAUUAUACAAACAAACGAAUGGUGAUGUUGCUGUUUAUCAAUAAUCGAUUAGUCGAUUCCAAUUCGAUCCGUAAGAUGUUAGAAGAAGUGUACUCUGUAUAUCUUCCGAAAAAGGCCCAUCCGUGGUGUUAUAUAUCUUUGGAUAUUAACCCGCAAAAUAUUGAUGUUAAUGUACACCCGACAAAACACGAGGUCCGAUUUCUUCACGAAGACGUAAUAAUCGAAAGAAUGAAAUUCGCCUUGGACGAAAGACUGACCGGUAACAGUGCGUCCAGGACGUUUUACUUGCAAGCCAGAUUACCGAAAGUGGACAUUACAAAAGAAGUCCUGGAGGAAGUAUUGCCUGACUAUAACAAAGGGAAUAUAGAUAAAGCAAAGAAAGUCUAUGCUAAAGAGAUGGUUAGGACAGAUUCGUCUGAUCAGAAACUUGAUAAAUUUAACUUUACUAUACAUUCUGCUGUUCAACAACGUGAUAGUGAUAGUAACACUUUGAUAGAAAAAUCAAUACAUAGUUUAGAAAAAGAUAUACCUGACGUUAUUAUAGAAAACCCAUCGGUUGACGAUAAACAUCAAGAGAAAGACAUGAACUUGAAUGUAGAUACCACAAAACAUGAUUUUACAAUACAUGUAGAAAAGACUUCAAUCGAUGCUGGUUCAACACAUUGGAGCGAUAUAAUAAAUACUACAACUUUGGCUUCAUCAGACUCGCAAAAUACAUGCGAUCCAAGUAGUUCCAUGCAAAAAGAAAAUAUUCGUUCAGAGAACAUUACGUACGAUAUCUCAGAAUUUCUAUCAGACUUGGAUGACAUAGUGGAUGACCCUACGGAAGAUAAACCUGUAGAUGUUAUAGCCGAUAGAGCCCGUAAGCAAGUGUAUAAGUAUUUUGGAAAUAGGGACAUUAUUGAAAAUACACAGAAAAAUUCGGAAAAAGAGAAAGAGCAGACACCAGAUGAUAACGAGAAAGAGGAGGAAAAUUCAGUACCCAACACAAGUCAAUCUGAAGAAAUACUUUCAGCUGAGGGAAACGCUUUUACGGAUGAGUCUCCAAAGUCUACAAACCAAUUUAAGUCUUACUCUGUAAAUAACUUUAGACACGAAGUGAAGUUAACCAGUAUAUUGAAAUUACGUAAGGAAGUUGAAGAUGAAUGUCACGAAGGAUUGAGAAACAUUCUGGCUAACUUGAUAUUCGUUGGUUGCAUCGAUCAAACUUCAGCUCUAAUACAAAGCGGAGUGAAUUUGUAUAUAUGCAAUACGAGAAAAUUAGCAGAGGAACUUUUUUAUGAGAUCAUGCUUUACGAUUUUGCAAAUUUUGCUGUCAUCAAAUUUUCAGAGCGAAUAUCACUGUUUGAUUUAGCAAUGAUUGCUUUAGACUCGGGAGAAACUGGAUGGACAGAAGAGGACGGACCAAAAGAGGAAUUGGCGGCGAGAGUAAAGGAGCUACUUUUAGAGAAGGCAGACAUGAUGAAUGAAUAUUUUUCUAUUGUUAUGGAUAAAGUAGGAAACUUAAGAUCAUUACCCGUAUUAUUAGAUAAAUAUUUUCCAUAUGAAGCGGAAAUUCCAUUGUAUAUAAUGCGACUAGCAACGGAAGUUGAAUGGAGAAAGGAACAACUUUGCUUCCAAAAUAUCUGUCGAGAAACAGCAAAAUUUUACAGCUACAUUAAUCCGAAGCAUCAGACACACGAUUGGAAAUAUAUAACUGAACAUGUUUUAUAUCCCGCAAUUAAAGAAAGUUUACUUCCACCAAAACAUUUUGCUCAUGAUUCAACAAUAUUACAAAUAGCUAGUUUACCUGAUUUGUAUAAAGUAUUCGAAAGAUGUUAAAUUAUGCUACUUUAUAGAUUUUAUAGAUACAAAAA